CAUUCUCAGCGUUGUAGCUCUGCAAAACAAAAGCAUUUCAAAAAUGCCCUUUCAGCAAAGUUAUUGUUAAAAACAACCUUUAAAGCUCUUUAAUUUUGCCAAAGUUAAAGAUCAUCAUGCUAAAAUUGCCGACGACCUUUGAAUUGUGAUAACUCGAAACGUAGCGUUUAUUGAGCAUUCAUUGAGCGUAAUCUGGCCGUUUUAAGGGCAGUUUGUUAUGCAUUUGCAAUUUUUUUUGGAGUUUAUUUGUUUUGAAAUGAGUGUGGAUGAUGUUUUUGACGUCUUACGUUCUGGUUGUUUCUGGCCAACAGCCGAUCUGUUCGUUUCAAAGUGUUUUGCAUUAGGGUCAAUUUGACAAAAGUAACGCACGAGCAUUGGUUCAGUUUUUAAAUGUCAUGUAGGGGGAAUCUGGGAGUGAGGUUCGUUGUAAUACAAUCUAUUGUAGAUUCAUUGCAGUUGAAAAAUAAACUAUUUAUUCCAUUUGAAAAUAAUUAAUCUGUUACGGUGGCUGUUCUUCAUUUAAAUGAUUUAUUUCUGUUGAAUUGCUGUUCUUGCUACGCAUAGUUUUCGUUUAAGAUGCAAUAAAUUUUAGUGUCUACUUUUGCUAUUUUGUUCAAACAUUUUCUGGUAGAAAUCUAAUGUAUGCCUUAGUGUUUAUUUGUGAAGCAUCAUCUCCAGUUAUUUGUGGUUAAUUUCAGUGGUGAAGGCGGCUCAAGAAUGAGAAAUGAUCAUAGAUAUUCUAUUUCGGGUCUGAGCAUGCAAAUUUGCUGUCUGUUGUUUUUCUUACUUAACGCGGACGUUGUCUUUCUGACACUAAGGCACUUGGACCCGGCUGACUGAGGAUGUGUGUGUUCGUGUGGAUAUUUAUUAAUGUUUGCUGUCCUCUUGGACUCGUUGCUGCCACCGUGUGUUUGGAGUGUGGUCAAACUUGUGGUGUUGCUGCGCAGCGUCUCACUUAGUCAUGUGUUACUGAUGAAGUAGUUGACUUGCAUUCUUAAACUAACCGUUCAAUGUGUCGCUUGGUGGACAUGCCCAGUAAUCAGCAGUUUGUUUGUAUAAUAGCACGCACUGAACUCGACUGAAAUAGCACUUAAAGCGUUUUUGCAUUAAAUUAUUUGUUGCGCUUUAGAAAUGAGUGAAACUGUGGGCUUUGCUCUCGGAAAUGCGAGACAUCACGCGGUGUGUCACUUAUACUAUAUUAGGCUUUGAGUGCAAUACUUGUACUUAUGAAAUGCAUUGCGCCAAAUAGUUAUUUGAUCCGUAAUGAUCAUUAAUAAGUGUGCCAUAAUUAUACUAAAGUUAACGGUCAAGGUAUGCGUAUUCAUGGAUCGAAAUGGACAAAUACACUUUGUUAUUGAUAAAGACUGGGAAGUAGUAAGCUUGCUCAAUUUAAAUCUACGGUGCCUCCUUAAUUAUAUGGUUAAAGCGUGGUUACAACUCAUAUUUGUGAUAUUCGAGAUUUUCUAUGGAAUUGUUUUCCUUGUGUAAGGAAUAUGAAAUCGAAUUUAACGAAGAAUUUGAAUGAACCCGAUGACAUAACAAGAAAGUGUUGUCAGUGAAUGGUGAGUUUAAUGAAUAGGCCUGUUUAGUUGUGAUAAAGCAAUGCAGAGUUUUUUUUAAUCUUUCAGAAUGCAACUUCAUUAUUUAUGUAAAAGAUAGCAAAAAACUUUCGAUCAUUUAAACUCUCGAAGAACCACGGUUCUGGAACGGGUUACAGUUACAUCAAAGUCUUUAGAACAUUUAUACUGCUUCCUUGCGAUAAUUAUAGUUCAAAUUGUGGCAACCUGUUAACGAGAUGUGAGCGUAGCAAAAGAAAUAAUAUCAGCGCCAGGUGGGUGGAAAGCUUGAAGCACGGCUGUGCAAUUCACAAUUUCAAAGAUGGUAUGUUAUUUCCUUUCAGAUGAAUUGAGUAAGCGGAUUAAAUGCGUAUUUAAUAUUUUUUAGAAAUGUUUAUACACAUAUGUUUUUUUAAAAUCUUAGUCAUGCUCACCAAGCCCAAACUAGGCCCCAAUUCCACCUAGUAAACCAAGAGACAUUCCGUCAGCAGUUGCUAAUUAGGCUGUAUCUGUUCUGGUCGCUGCAAGACCGGAUAAGACUUGGGGAGAAAUUUCUAUUUUGUAAACGACAUUCAAAAUACUAGUCCACAAGUGGUGGAUUUGAAUAUAUUCCAUCUUUCUUGUAUUUUUUUUUAAUUUGACGUUCUCUAGCUUCAACUCUCCUAACAUUGAAUACAUUGAGUUUCGGAUUCCAUCGAUUCAGAAUCUAUUAUUUUAUCUUAUCAUUCAGAAGGUUUGCUGUCUAGAAGGAAAUAGAAAUACGUCAACGGAAAGAAUAAAUCGCAGUGAUAGUAUUUUAGCUUUUCCCAGUCCAUUUCGUAAUUAGUUGUAACCUACCGUCGGAGGAAAUUUAAUCGGCGCUUUAUUUUCUGAAACUGCAAUGUUAUUUUUAAAAGUAUGAAUUGCAAAAUAUAGAAUUCAAUUCUAGGUUAGUGAUGAAAAAAGUUAAAUUGUACGGUAUUGCUUUCAACUCCAGAAGAUACAUAGUGUUCAAGUUAUUAUUUAAUAUAUUCUAUGGGCUCUUUAGUAGCAAUUUUCACCACUCUGUGUGUUGAUGGUCUCAUUAUAUUGCCUUGUUUUCUCUAGUUUUCCUAACACGCGAUGCAGCAGCAGUGGCUAUUAGCUGUUCCACCUAAUUGGAAAAUAAUAGCCGUGGUUUACGCAUAGCUCUUUUGUUCAUCUUUCAAUAUCACCUUUUACUGUUCAGCAUUUAGUUCAUUUGCACGACGCAACUUGUGUGAAGAUGCUUCAUGUUAAAGAAUGCAGCAAUUGUGGGAGCUUGCUAAUCAAACCUUUACUUCUAAGACCUGGUUUGUGACAAAUAAUCGAAAAUCAAAAAUAAACACAAAGCAAAUCCAUUAACAGAAAAGAUCAACGUUGAUGAGAACUGUUCGAAUUUAUUAAAAUUCAGUAUACAAUUGGAAGUAAACGCAUAAAUAUAAUACAUGGUUAGAGGCUUUAGGGCAGAAACUGAGGAAAGCGGCAAGCGUCGGCCUUUCAUUAAGAGGGGUCGAACUGGCUUAAUCUUGCACAUUUUCCUCCAUAAUUGCUCUGUAUUUAUACUCACACUUCGAACAGAUAUAGCUUUUGAUUUCGACCAGCUUUUGGCUUUUUUUUAAUAGCAAGUCUAUAAUUAGGAAAGAGAAACAGGUAUAAGCUUGCAGGGCUGAAAAUUAAUCUACUUGUGGUAUUUUAACUACUUGCAUUAACUAAUGGGGCAUCCACACCAAAAAAAAACUGUUAUCUGUCGAAAAUGUAAAAUCAUCCAACUACUAAACGACCGCAUUCACGAAUUCUCCUUAAUUUGUAAUGAUUGCCCACUAAUUGCUAGGUUUCGAGUUCGGUGCAGUAUGGGUGCAGUAACAGUAUUUACUUGAGGGCUAAAAUAUCUUACUUGCCUAAAAUAUAUCCACGUCCUCCUCAUGUAUGUCUAUUAUUUACAGUACCUCAGAUAUUUCAGUAAGAGAUGUGACCACUGUUGACGGAAAGGAAACCUAACGAGAUAAUGAGAUCUUUAGCAAGGAGCCUUUGGCUUCCGUCCUUUCAUUGCGAUCUGAUGCCGCGGUCUGGGCGCAGCAAAUGCUCUGUUAUUCCAAAACACAAAUGUCCCCAUUGAGAUGUUCAAAAUGCCUAAUUAUUCGAAAGGAAACAUUCCACUCUUUUAUGGUCGAUAAAACCUUAACAGUGUGCAAUUAUGGAAAAUCGAAGUUGGGAUUUGGGGAGUAUUAGUGAAUUUCAAUCGUACGCAAUUAAAACAACAUUGUAAUGGAAGUGAGCCAUACGUAGGGUUAUCAAGAAUAAAAUCGAGCUUCUCUAUGUUUCGAGCUCGCUUGGCCGUUCAAAUAAACCCGGCGAAUGUUGGUUAAAUGGAAGUGUUCCCUAGAAGUGUUGUGGUGUUUGUAUAUUAAAUGCACAUGUAUAUGCAUGCAUGCUUUAAUGAAGAACGCUGGUGCAAUAACAAUUACUCCCACACACAAUUACUGUGAAAUCUUUUAGAGCUGAGAAUCUGCGUUGCGGUCUACUGUUGGGAUUUUCUUCGUAAGAACAUCAAAAUUAAAUCUAUAAAUCAUAUCCCUGUAUAUGUACUCUUACCAUUUUAUUUUAUUGCUGGUAUGAAUUUACUGAAGGCACAGUUCAGGGACACUCGAUGUUGUGGGUCCCAGCACUUAUAGACGCUAUUGUUCUUUGUUUAAAAUGGGCAAAGAAAAAUAUUGUGGAGGGACUGUGGUUUGAUGUUUCCCAAAUAGUGUAAAUAAACUAGCAAAAGCAAUUGUGCGCCUGUAAUAAAACAUAUCCAAAUUGAAAAAUAUGCUAAUAGAAAAUCUAAAUUAUUUCAACUAUUAUUUACCCAUCUAACUUACUCUGUGCAUCUACCUACAAGACACAUCUACAAAACUAGUGAUUUGUUGAUUUACUUCUUAUUACCCUUCCUUCUCGAACAUCUAUCUCCUAAUUAUUGUUGAUCCAUCAAUUGUGUGAAUGCAUAUUACAGUCAUGAUUCCACGAAUGAAUAUAUCUAAAUUACGAUUACAUAGCUAUAUCUUGUAACCUGAUAGUGUUCUCUUUUGGUCACUAAUAUUCCAUUAAAAUCACCUCUGUUAUAGUUCAGAACAGAUUUGGUUGUUUGUAACUUUGCUAGCUCGGUCGCCGGAUCUCCAGGGAAUUUUUUGAACCAGAGUCGUUUUCUAUUGGCCAGAGACUGAUCAGCUGGUUAUAUUUGCUGCUGUCGCUUUGGCGCUCGGCCAUCCUGAAACAAACCACCUCGAUGACUACUAAUAGCUAAACCACAUUGUGUACUAAUACAUAACAAAUCAUAUUACUACAGACUGUGGAGCAAAUGAGUUCGUAUUUUGUGAACCCUACUUUCCCUGUUUCACUGCCCAGUGGCCAGGACUCCUUCCUCGGACAGAUCCCACUCUAUACAACGGGGUAUGAUGCUCUAAGGCACUUUCCAGCUUCCUAUGGGGCAGCGACGCUCCAGGAUAAGAGUUACUCGUCACCUUGUUAUUACCAACAAUCUAACUCAGUAAUAGCUUGCAAUCGGGCAUCGUAUGAAUAUGGAGCUUCUUGUUUCUAUCCUGAAAAGGAUCUAACCAGUGUUUCGCCAUCCGGAAGUGGAAAGCACAGAGCCCAGGAUGAUUUCUUUUCCUCAGACCAACAGUACAAAACAGAUUGUGCACAAAACAAAAUUUUAAAUGAAGAAGGAAACGACCGGAAGUACAGUACUCCAAUUUACCCUUGGAUGCAACGAAUGAAUUCAAGUUCUAGUUCUGUCUUUGGGCCACAUGGGCGCCGAGGGCGACAAACCUAUACCCGAUACCAAACUCUUGAGCUGGAGAAAGAAUUUCACUUUAACAGAUAUUUAACCAGACGCCGCCGGAUAGAGAUUGCCAACGCACUCUGCCUCACAGAACGUCAGAUCAAGAUCUGGUUUCAGAAUAGGAGAAUGAAGUGGAAAAAGGAAAACAAACUUCUAAACACAACAGAAUCCAAUAGCGAAGAUGCAGAGGAUAAAACAGGGGAGUAAGAGCGC